CUGGACAUCGACAACCCAGCCUCUGCUCUCUGUACGGCUGCAGGCAACGGCGACCUGGCGCAGGUCAGGAGGCUCAUCGAAAACGGAGUGCAGCCGAACCUGGGCGACUACGACAACAGGACGGCGCUGCAUGUUGCGAGCGCCGAAGGGCAUGAAAAGAUCGUGGAGUUCCUCCUAGCCCACAAGGCAGAUCCCAGCCCACACGACAGGUGGAAGGGAACUCCCUUGCAGGACGCUCUGCUCAACGGCCACUCGCUCGUCGCCACCCUGCUCAAGGCCAAGGGC